AUGCCCCCGAAAGCAACUCGGCGUCUGCUUCACGCCCUCUCCGGCGUCACCGAUGCCGAAGAUGAAGUCCACAUCGUCCCUUCAGCGAAGUCCUUGGCACAGCAGUCGGAAGAGUACUUGGUGUGUACUGACUUUCUUCCGGAAUUGGAUCCCGACCAGCUCCGCUACUUCCAACUGGUCGAAGCGGCGGACAUCACCAAUCUGGAGGCGUUCCUCAGUUCUCACCCGCACCUAAAGAAAGACUGCGUCAAUUGUCAGGGCUACACGGCGCUUCACGUUGCGGUCCGCCGAAAGGACUUGCCGAUGGUGAAAUUCUUAGUCCAAAAUGGAGUCCAGCUCAAUGACGUGCUGCUACACGCCGUCGAAACGGGUGACGUUCCAUUAACGGAGUUCCUCGUCAAGGAAGCAAGCAAGACCGACCAGCAAUGCGAAAAACAUGGCUACCCGCAUAGUUCUACGUACACCGCCGACGUGUCACCCAUUGUACUGGCGGCACAAAUGGGCCACUGGGCGCUGAUCCACUCUUUCGUCAAACGAGAUCUCCGGGUCGAAGCUCCACACGCGGCCUCCUGCCUCUGCAAAACUUGCAUCAAGGAUAUGAGGACAGAAGGAGUGAAUGCAUCGACGCGCAACCUAAACACUUACAAGGCCAUCUGCAAUCCCCACUACAUGCUCCAGGUAUCGGGCGACCCCAUACUCGAUUCUUUCCUCUUCGCUCAGGGCAUGGCCGGGGCGUCUCUCGCCGAAGAAGAAUUCAGAAGGGAAUACGACCAGGAGAUCUCGAAGCUUCGAAAGUUCACCUGCGCCCUGCUCGACCAAUGCCGCACGAUCGAGGAGGCGCGCGUUCUCCUCGAACGACCGGCCGGACUCGAUGGCCGGGUGACACACCUGGCGUUUCCGCGCGUCAUCCUGGCCCUGCAGUUCAACGAGCGCGAGUUCGUGACGCACGGCCAUGUUCAGCAAGUGCUUCGCAUCGAGUGGGAAGGAGAGUUCAAGGCGUGGAACCGAUUGCAGUUUCGAGUCAAGCUUGUUCACUUCGCGAUCAGGUUCUUCAUAUUGCCCUUCGUAGCAAUUUGGGUCAAGCUAAUGCCGCAGUCGGUCAUGGCUAGGCACUGGUCGAGCCCCGUGAACAAGUACAUGAACCACUUCGCUGCGAGGCUCAUGUUCGUAUUCUUUGUAUAUAUGCAGAUAUGUCUCGACAAGGCGAGGACGUCCCGGGGCGCUCCUCGCACUGGCGUCGAAUGGCUUAUUGUCAUCUGGGUAAUGGAUUCAUCGUCGAAGAGACCGUACACUGUUAUACCAUCGGCGCAAAGCGAUACUUCAGCAGCAUGUGGCACUGGUACGACAUAA